CAUUACUCCUCGUGGAAUGGAGGUAGUCAAUAAAAACCUGAAGAAUAUUACUCCUUUCAAAUCGUUUUCCAUAAAACCGAGAUCAAUUGAAGAAAGGGAAUAUUGGAAAGCACAUGAGCUGAAGUACUGGUUGCUUUACUAUGCAGUUCCUUGUUUAAGUGGUGUUUUAAAAUCAAUUUAUUUAAACCACCUGACAUUGCUAUCCGAAGCAAUAUUUAUAUUUUUAAAGUCCGAAAUCACCACUAAAGAAGAUGAAAAAGCUACAAAAAGUUUAAACAAAUUUGUGGACGACUUUCAAAAACUUUAUGGAGAAGAGAAUAUGGUGAACAACGUCCAUUUACUCAAACAUUUGUCGAAAUGUGUAAAUGACUGUGGUCCUCUUUGGGCGUAUUCGAAUUUCAACUUCGAGAGUAAUAAUGGAUCGCUUGUGAAACAUGUUCACGGCAAUACAGACGUUGAGCAUCAGAUUGCUUCGAAGUAUGCGUUCAACACUUCCCUGAAUCGCUUGAAAGUUCUGUGCGAGUCGACCUCGUCAACCUUCAAUUACAUCGAGCGAAUGAAAAGCAUGAGAGUUAAAAAGUGUGAGAAAAUCGGUCAGAUAACUUUGUUCGGGAGCCCAUUAAAGCACAAGCUGGAUGCAGUCGAGAAAUCCAUUUUGCAGGGAAAUUUGGAUUAUGUUAUGGCAUACAACAAGUUCUUUUACGGCAAUGAUGUAUUCUUUAGUGCCGCCUACAAAAGACCUGAGCAAACAAAUGACACUGUGGUAAUUUUAAAAAACCAACGCGUUGGCAUUAUCACUUUAAUUUUCAAGGCAGAAGAUUCCGUUUUCGUUCUUCUAAAAAUGCUAAGAACGGAACGAGUUCCGAAUUUCCCUGUUCACGUAAAAAAGAUCUGCAAAAGCAAUGUAAAUUGUUUUGAAAAAAUUCCGGCAGAAGAAAUAUUACAGAAACUUCUUAUUAUUUCGACUGAGAAGGAAAGUUUCAUAACAGAGCUGCCGAACCAGUAUGAAGGUGAUUGA